CAUACUCUCCUCACCGAGCCCGAGUCUGACUACACUCAUUAUAAGCGCAUUCAAAUACAUCGACCUCCCUUUGCUGCCCUCGUUUCUGAGCACAACACCCAUCACCAUGUCCAACCCCAACGAUACCGUAGCGCCCAAGUCUGGCUUCCUGUGUAUGUACAUGUCCAACCACCCAGACACGCUCGUCGCCUACGUCAAGCACUAUGGCAAGGUCCCCGGAAAGGUCAAGAGCGCGAAGAUGACGUCCAUUGACCAGCAGGUCAUGACCCUCUCUUAUGAGCUGCAGAAUGGCACAGGCGGAACCACCCGUGUCGUAUUUGACCCACCUCUCCUAGGCUACGAGGAAGUCAAGCCGCGGCUGAUAGCCAUGACAGCGGAGGCACAGGAAGCGCUCGGAAUGAUCAAAGCACCCGUUCUGACCUCGUUCAAACCUCCCCUCGCCGGCAUGCUGCGCACCACCCUAACGAUCAGUGGCUUGGCCUACAUACUCUGUCCGCCCCAUGGGACGCACCUCGCAUUCAUGCCCGCGCGCAUGCUGCAAGAAUCGAUAGGGUUCUCCCUCAGUUACAAGGCCGUCCUUGGCUUCACGGCUUUCUUGCACGGCUUGGAGGCGCUGUACGCGUUGUCGUUAUGUCGGAAGAGCGUCAGGGGUUUCGUGCCUACAACGCUCUACGUCGUUUCUACGCUCAUCUGGGGGUUCCCCAUCUGGAUAUCCCUCAAGAAGCGCAUCCAGGCUGCGCGGAUUGACUCUGUGAUGAAGACGGAAUAAUGGUAUCACCGCAUCUGCGCUGUUUGUUUCUUAGUUUUCUGUAUGGUAUUAUUAUUGCUUGGUACAUGACGCUUCUAGCGCUUUAUUCUCAUUCAAUUCUCAUUGCUCGAGGAUCAAAGACUGCAAUCAGCCUACAUUCUCCGGAUCUACAAGCGUCAUACGCCUAAAUGUAUACGGAUGGCCAAUAUAUGAAUUGCUCUAU